AUGGCCGAUACAGAGAAGAUACUCGCCGAACUGGCGUCGUUGCAGAAGACAGUGUCAUCUCUCCAAAAGUCGCUGUCGGAGACACAAGACAUCCAGGCGGUCCAAUGGCUGCUCAACCACUACACGGCACUGCACGACGACGCGUGUUUCGACCUCGAGAAGCGACAGGAAUGGGAGAACCUAUUCUGCGAAGACGGCGUGGCAGUUUAUCCCUACGGCCAACACGUCGGCCGCGCGGGCAAGGGGACAUGGGCGUUUGGUGGCGUGAGCUACUUUGAGCGGUGCCAGCUCCUGUCGUCCAACUUUGACAUUGAGUUCUCCCCGAACCGCCGCCGCGCGUACGUGCGCACCAACUGCAUCGCGCAGUGGAUGAAGAAGAGGGACGUCUACGACGACCACUUUGACGAGGGCGGCUUCUACAACUGGGUCCUCAGAAAGGACACCGACGGCCAGUGGAGGAUCGAGCGCGUGCAUCUGACCAUCACCUGGACGACGGGCGAGGAUCCCACGGGCGUAGGGCCCAAGACCAAGAGGCCCGCCAAGCUGUAG